CGCGGCGUGUCCGGAGCCGGCGAGGGCAGCGGAGGCAGCGCUAGGACGCGGUGCCCGGCCGGGCCUCGUCAGCCGCCGCCAUGGGCAUCAAAUUUUUAGAAGUUAUCAAACCUUUCUGUGCAGUUCUACCAGAAAUUCAGAAACCCGAAAGGAAAAUUCAGUUUAGAGAGAAGGUACUAUGGACUGCUAUAACACUCUUCAUUUUCCUAGUAUGUUGUCAGAUCCCGCUGUUUGGAAUCAUGUCAUCCGACUCAGCAGACCCUUUCUACUGGAUGAGAGUCAUUCUUGCAUCCAACCGAGGGACUUUGAUGGAAUUAGGUAUCUCCCCCAUUGUUACAUCUGGAUUGAUUAUGCAAUUGUUAGCUGGAGCCAAAAUCAUUGAAGUUGGAGAUACACCCAAAGAUAGAGCUCUUUUCAAUGGAGCCCAGAAAUUAUUUGGUAUGAUCAUUACCAUUGGGCAAGCCAUUGUGUAUGUCAUGACGGGGAUGUAUGGGGACCCUGCCGAAAUGGGUGCCGGAAUCUGUCUUCUUAUUAUUAUACAGUUGUUUGUUGCUGGUUUGAUUGUGCUGCUGUUAGAUGAGCUGCUGCAGAAGGGUUACGGCUUGGGGUCUGGUAUUUCCCUCUUUAUUGCCACCAACAUCUGUGAGACCAUUGUCUGGAAGGCCUUUAGUCCCACUACCAUAAACACUGGCAGAGGUACUGAGUUUGAGGGUGCAGUCAUAGCUCUGUUUCAUUUGUUGGCCACCAGGACAGACAAAGUCCGAGCCUUAAGGGAGGCUUUUUAUCGGCAGAACCUACCCAAUCUCAUGAACCUCAUUGCUACAGUUUUUGUAUUUGCUGUGGUUAUAUAUUUUCAGGGGUUUCGUGUUGACUUGCCCAUUAAGUCUGCCCGGUACCGAGGACAGUACAGUAGCUAUCCCAUCAAGCUCUUCUACACCUCGAACAUUCCCAUAAUCCUUCAGUCUGCCCUAGUCUCAAACUUGUACGUUAUCUCCCAGAUGCUUUCUGUUCGAUUUAGUGGCAACUUUUUAGUAAACCUACUAGGACAGUGGGCUGAUGUAAGUGGAGGAGGUCCUGCUCGUUCUUACCCCGUCGGAGGCCUUUGUUACUACCUUUCUCCACCUGAGUCCAUGGGUGCCAUAUUUGAGGAUCCUGUCCAUGUAGUUGUCUAUAUCAUCUUCAUGCUGGGGUCGUGUGCAUUCUUCUCUAAAACAUGGAUAGAGGUGUCUGGCUCCUCAGCCAAAGAUGUAGCUAAACAGCUUAAAGAGCAGCAGAUGGUAAUGAGAGGUCACAGGGACACCUCCAUGGUCCAUGAGCUUAAUAGGUACAUCCCGACAGCAGCUGCAUUCGGUGGCUUGUGCAUUGGUGCGCUGUCAGUGUUAGCCGACUUCCUUGGGGCCAUUGGAUCUGGCACUGGAAUUCUGCUCGCAGUCACUAUUAUUUAUCAGUAUUUUGAAAUAUUUGUCAAGGAACAGGCUGAAGUUGGUGGGAUGGGUGCUUUGUUUUUCUAAAUGUUAAAAUAUUUCUUUGUGUGAAAGGGAAAUUAUUUUGACAUUGUUUUUUGUCAAAUAAUGCUGGUUCCCCUUUUCUUCCCUCAGUUUCUUGUUUUCAAGUGCUAACUGUCCCAUUUCUGAAAUGGGCACCAAGCUAAGCCUGUGUGCAGCAUUAGUACCAGCUGCCUUAAAACUGAAGUUUACAUUAUUCAUUAAAAAUGUCCAUCUAGUGUUGCCCGUGAUGCUGGAAACUGAUGCAUCUGCCUUGCUGUGAUAGUCAGGACAGCGAGACGGUGACUUGGAUUAACUUUGCACACAACAUUCAAAGCACUGAAUACUACCCCCUUGUUUAAAAAUAAAUGUAGUUCAAAACUUGCCACUUUCCAGUAUUUUUGAGCUUAUCUAAUGAGUUCUGGAACAUUUAUAUCUAAUCUAUAUUUUAGAUAAUUUUUAUACUUUUUUAACUCAUAGUAUCCAUGUUCUCUACCCUCCCUCACCAACCUCAUCCACUUUUAAUUUGUCUUUUCCCAAAGAUGCCUCUCAGCUCAGAUGGGCAAAAUCAAGCAUUGAAGUAUUUAUGUCACUAGAAACAACGGCUUCUAAUUAUGCUCCCUGUUUAUCAUUUCUGUUUUCUCAGUGACAGCAUCUUCAAUGCUUUUGGACAGUAUUGGCUAUGCUUUCCUCUUCCAGCCAGUCCCUGUGAAUUCUCCUUCAAGAGACUAUGCCCCAAUUCUUUUCUCCCCGCCCCCCUUUCUUUCUUUCUUUUUUAAUCCCUAAGCAAAGAUCCAAUUCUCAAGCAAUGCCUGUAGUUCAGUGGGGGUAGACAAUGAGUAAUUCACACUAGAAGUUCAUGUCUGUUGUACUUAUAGCAGCAACAUGAGUGUAAACAGUAAACAACAAACUUUUAUUUAAUAAAACUGUUUCAGUUGUGUUAUAAAAAAAUAAAGAAACAUGAUAUUAAA